ACCUAACCUAUAAAAGCAACGGCGUGUGUCCACCAUAAGGUUAUUUGUUCAAAUCAACUCGCGGUGAACAGUUAAUUUCAAUUUUUUGGAUUUUGAGGAUUUUUUAAACAAUAAUAAUGCAGAAAAUCGAAUUAUUUGUGUUCUGUGCUUUUUUGGUCUACAGUUGCGUUAAAGCCGUGGAGAUUGAUUGCAGGCGACCGCCACAACUAGUGCAACCGUCACUUUGUUGUAAAAACGAAGAACGCGCAGCGGUCAUGGAAACGUGUGCGCAACGAUUGGGCUUAUCUUUUGAAAAACAGAAGGGCGCCACUGCUUUGGAGGACGUUACUUGCUUCGCUGAGUGCAUCGUUAAAGAGUUGCAGCACCUGUCAGCGCCUGAGAAGAUCAACUUUGAAGCCGUCCAAAAGUAUCUACAGACCAAAUCCGGCAAUGAUACCACUUAUGUGGACACUAUGCUGACCGCCUACAGAAAAUGCGUAUCAGUGGCGCAGCAACGAAUGCAAGUGAUCAAGCAACAUUCACUCGGUGGUGGCGUGUUCGCACUUCGGAGCUGUAGUCCCUUCUCCGGCAUACUGCUCAGUUGUGUGCACAUGGAAUACUUCAUGAACUGCCCGGCGAAUCGUUGGACCGAUAAUGCGGAGUGCGCUUUGGCGAAACAAUUUGUUACACAGUGUGCUAUCGGCACGGUGUGAAUAUUAAUUUAACAAAAGUAUAUAUGUAUACUAUAUAGUACAUAUCGUCACC